AUGGCCCGCCAACACUUCCUCGUCCUCGUCGUCCUCGUAGCCAUCCUAGGCGUGGCCAUAGCCAGGGAAUCCCCAUCACCAUCACCAUCACCAUCAUCAUCACCAUCAUCAAAGGCCCCAUCACCAUCACCAAAAGCCCCAUCAUCAUCACCAAAGGCACCAACAUCAUCUCCAAAGGCACCAACAUUGUCUCCAAAGGCAUCACCUGCUCCCACUCCGGAGUCGGAGUCGGAGUCAUCGUCUCCUCCUUCACCCGCCCCCGUUGCGGAGGAAGAGCCUUCUUCCCCACCGGCUCCGGCGAGCGAGGCCAUCGAGUUCGGUGCACCCGCGCCCGCUCCCGGCGACCAGAUGGCUGCUGAGAAUCCCACAUCGGCCGAGGAUGAGAGUGCUGCCAGCGCCGCUUCUGCCCUCAGAGUUUCUGCUGCUGUUGUCGCUGUCGCUGCCUUCUUCGCAUUCUAA